UUUAAUUCCAGCAAAUAUACCGUUAUCGCACCUGGCACCAUACAUUCAAAUAACAAAUACACGGCCGCAGUAGCGGUACAUCAUAGUACCGAACCCUGUCAAAUUAAGGUGGGUAUUACAGGGCCCUCAUACAACGAAACCAAAGUGGUAGAGGCCGUAGAAAAUGAAGUUAAACAUGUAGACUUUGAGGUGCCAGAGUUGGAAAAAGGUGACUACAAUUUGACCGCCGAGGGUGUUAAUUGUUUGAAUAACUUUAAGAAUAGCACCAAAUUGAAUUAUGCCAAAUUCAAUAAUCAUGUAAGAAUACAAACCGAUAAGGGUUUGUAUAAACCUGGCGAUGAGAUCAAUUUUAGAGUGAUAUUUAUGGAUAAAGAUUUGAAACCAGCACAAGCGGAAAAGGAUGCGGUUAUCUGGUUUGAAGAUGGCAAACGUAAUAGAAUAAAAGAAAUUAAGAACUUUAAAACCGUUAAAGGUGUUUAUACGGGCAAAUUUAAGAUCUCUGAAUAUCCAGUUACUGGAGGUUGGCGUUUGGGUGUUAAAAAUGGCGCUAGAUUUGAUAGAACCGUAUACUUUGAGGUGGAUAAAUAUGUUUUGCCCAAGUAUGUAGUCAAAGUGGAGGCUACUGAAGCGGUAUCGGUUAAGGAUGGUGAUAUGCAAAUUGUAGUAAGAGCCAACUACACCUAUGGCAAACCUUUGGAUGGCAAAGCUACUGUGAUUUUAUCUUUGGGCUCUAACUAUUACUACGAUACCAGUCGCAAUGGUAAUGCUGAGCAAAAGAAACAACCUCCCACUCUCAUUAAAACUGCCGAUAUGGUUAGGGGCAAGGCUAAAAUCGAUUUAAAUGUCAAGGAGUAUGAACCCUAUUUGCCGUAUAAAAACUCUCCCUCUUUCCUGGGCAUUACCGCUACCGUAGAAGAACAAUUUACUGGUGUAAAAAUUAACGGUUCAGCUUCCACCACUCUUUAUCCCUAUCGUUAUGCCAUGAAUUGUAUUAGUUACGAUACCUGCUCUACCUUUGAAGUGGGCAAAGAAAAAGAUGUUCUCUUCCAAAUCACCUAUAUCGAUAGUUCUAAUCUCAAAGACACUAAAUCGGAAGUUGAAUUAAUCUAUACAGAAGUUUUACGUAAAAAUCAUUGGUGGCAUCGUGAACGUGAGUUGGAAGAUGAUGACUCUGUGGUUGUUACCACCAUGGAGCCACCUGUUUCGGAAAAUCGUACUGUUAGCUUUAAGGGUCAUAUGAAUGAAACUGGUUUUGCCAACUUUAAGGUAUCACUACCCGAUUUACCGGAAUAUGAGGGUUAUUCUCAUUAUUACUCUUUGGAGUUGAAGUACUUGGAUGAACAACGUGAACUUUAUACUACUUAUCAGCAUAGGGAACCCAAAAAGAUUGAUACCCCCAAAGAGGAGGAUGAUAAACCAAAGGAAUAUUUUAUAUUGGUCGAUAAAUACUCGGCGGAUACAAAGUAAG